AUGAGCGCGAUUCUUUCUGCGGAUGAUUUGAACGACUUCAUCUCGCCGGGAGUUGCAUGCAUUAAACCUGUUGAAACGUUGCCAAAAAAAAAGGAAGAGAAUCUGUAUGAAGUGACCACGGAAGAUAAGCUCGAAGAAGAGAACCCCCCACCAGCUCAGAUUUCUCUCACGGAUUGUUUGGCAUGCUCGGGAUGCGUUACGUCUGCUGAAGCGGUAUUGGUCUCGCUACAGUCGCAUGCGGAGGUAUUAAAUACACUUGAUGCCAGUCCCGAGAUACGGAUCGGCAGCGCAGAUGGAGCUGGAUGUGGAAAGAUAUUUGUUGCCAGUGUGAGCCCGCAGGUCCGGGCCAGCUUGGCUGCAACGUACGGUAUAUCAGAGAAGAAGGCAGGAUAUAUGAUCGAGCAGCUUCUCAGCGGGCCUAGUGGACUGAGAGCGGGCGGACAACAUGGCAGUGGGUUUACGUGGGUCGUUGACACCAAUAUCAUGCGCCAGGCAGUGUUGGAACUCAGCACGGCCGAAGUUACUGAAUCACUAGCCGCCGCCUCAUCUACGUCGUCUCGAGACGGGCAUGGAAAAUUCCCCAUCCCUAACAGACCUAUUCUCACCUCGUCUUGUCCUGGGUGGAUUUGUUAUGCGGAGAAAACCCAUCCACAUGUCCUACCUCACCUAUCACGUCUGAAGUCACCACAGGCAUUGACGGGGACCUUUCUCAAAACUAUUAUAAGCAGGAAACUCAACAUAUCGCCAUCACAGAUAUGGCAUCUUGCGAUAAUGCCUUGUUUCGAUAAGAAACUCGAAGCAAGUCGACAGGAGUUAACGGAUGUUUCUUGGAGAAAUGAAUCAAAUACUAUGGAAGAAUCCGGUUCGCCCAUCAGAGACGUCGACUGCGUUAUUACAUCCAAAGAGUUGCUUAUGCUCGCAUCUUCCCGAAACAUCACUCUUUCAUCCCUUCCACUCGAGCCACUACCAGCACACUACUCAACCCCGUUCCCGGACCAGACGGUCUCCCGCUUUCUUUCUGCCAAUGCCUUCCGCUCUACGCAAUCGUCCGCCGCCGGCCCAUCCGACGGAUACCUUCACCACCUCCUAACAACCUAUCAAUCCCGCCACCCGAACAGCAUAAUCCAAGCCCAACGAGGCCGCAACGCAGACGUAGUCGAAUAUACCCUCGUUUCAGCAACAGGCGAUCCAAUAAUCAAAGCAGCGCGAUACUACGGGUUCAGAAACAUCCAGAAUCUCGUACGCAAGUUAAAGCCUGCUCGAACCUCGAGACUACCAGGCUCAAGGGUCAUCCAGCCCAACCCUAACGGGGCAAGAACACGACCGUCACCAUUGGCAAAUGGAAAGGCUGCAACUCCUGCUCCUCCAUCUGAGUUUGCAUAUGUUGAAGUUAUGGCUUGUCCGGGCGGAUGUACGAAUGGUGGAGGCCAGAUUCGACUUGAAGACGCUAGACAAGCUAACUCAGCACUGUCGGAGAACGUGGCUCAAAACGGUCAAAAGUCGACGCCGCAAGAUCAACGGGCCUGGCUUGCCCGUGUCGAUGAAGCGUAUUAUUCGGAUUCCUCGGAUGAUGAGGGUCAGAAUGAUGGCGGUCAAUCUGCCGUUCCGGGGAGUGUAUCCUUGUCAGAUGAGAUUCAUUCCGUGCUAAAGUAUUGGUCCGAUAUGGUGGAAGUACCCCUCGAGGAUCUUGUUUAUACUACUUACCGGAAAGUGGAAAGCGAUGUAGGGAAGAAAAAGGGCCCGGCCGGAGGCAUGGACACCGCUCGUGUUGCGGAGCUGGCUGGCAAGGCUGGCGGUGGAUGUUCAAAAGGAAUGUGCUUCCACAGCAAAUAA